AUGAGAAGAAUUCAUGAAUGGACUUAAUUUUUCUAAAUGUAAGAGAAGCUGUUUUUAAAGAAACCCAUUUAUAUUCUUAGAUAUUUCAUGAUAUACAAAGAUUAAAUGAAUCCAAUAAUGAGAGAAGUUUAUAAAUUCAAUCCUACAUAAAAAUUGAUUUCUUAUAAAUGGACUAUAGCAAUAAUAAGUGGUCUAACAGGAGUAACAUUAAAUACAUGUUAUAAUAAAUAUUUCUUUGAUGAAUAAUUUGUCAGAGAUCCAGGUUGUUCUUAAUAAAUAGAAAUGCCUUUUGUAUAUUGUCUUUAUAGACUAUUUUGGUAUUAAUUAUUUUGCAUUGCUCAUGGUCAUCCUCUUGAUAGAUUUCGUGAUACAGAUUUUAUAAAUGCAAAAAUAAGAGCAGAUCAUUAUGAAUAUUAUUAGAAACAUAGAGAUUCUACAUUUGAUUUUAUGUAAUUAGGUGAAUUAGAGUAAUUUGAUUUGGAAUGA